AAUCCUUCUCUCUUAUCUUACAUCACACCCUUGGGAGAGGAAAUUUAAUUUGCCAUCACUAUGAGGAAGCCCGAGGCAGCAUCUGGAAAUAACAACAAGCUUAGAAAGGGGUUGUGGUCACCCGAAGAAGAUGACAAGCUCAUGAACUACAUGAUGAACAGUGGACAAGGUUGUUGGAGUGAUGUGGCAAGAAAUGCUGGCCUUCAAAGGUGUGGCAAAAGUUGUCGCCUUCGAUGGAUCAAUUACUUGAGGCCUGAUCUUAAACGAGGUGCUUUCUCACCACAAGAAGAGGAACUCAUCAUCCAUUUGCAUUCCCUUCUUGGAAACAGAUGGUCUCAAAUAGCGGCGCGCUUACCUGGGCGAACUGACAAUGAAAUUAAGAACUUUUGGAAUUCAACAAUAAAGAAAAGACUCAAGAAUUUGUCGUCCAACAACACCUCACCAAACGCAAGCGAGUCCUCAUAUGAGCCUAACAACAAAGACCUUAACAUGGCAGGGUUUACUACUUCUAAUGACCAACAUCAACAUCCUGAUUUUAUGCCUAUGUUCAAUUCAUCAUCUCCAUCACCAUCCAUGCAUGCCACGGUUCUCAAUUCCAUAAUUGACAGGUUGCCUAUGCUAGAGCAUGGACUGAACAUGCCAGCUUCUGGUGGUGGAUUCUUCAAUGGCACAGGGCCAUGCUUCUCACAAAGUGGAAUUGAUCACAACAAAGGCUUAUAUUUGGAAAAUGGAGGAAUAUUUGGGAGUGUAAAUAUUGGGGCAGAAGGGGAAAUGUAUGUUCCUCCUCUAGAGAGUGUUAGCACUACUUCUGACCAUAACCUGAAAGUGGAGAGCACAUGCAACACAGAUACUAACAAUAGUUACUUUGAUGACAUAAACAGUAUCCUUAAUAAUUGCAAUAAUAGGGCUGGGGUGGAGAAUUUAUUUCAAGAAGAGUUAACCAUUGGAGAGUGGGACUUGGAGGAGUUGAUGAAAGAUGUUUCAUCCUUUCCCUUUCUUGAUUUUUCAAACUGAUGAUGAGGAUAACGUUGAUCCAAUAAGUGAUCCCAUUGGCUGCUAUAGCUAGUCAUUAUUGGAAAAUAUCAGCACUGCCACAUACAUAUAUCUAUCCCAUGCAUCAUAUUAUUAGGUACACUUUGUAAUUUGUACUUUUGGCAUUAUACUGGAGGAGCAAAUUCACUGAUAUAACAAGGUAGGUCUGGAAUAAAAGUCAAUCAUGUAUAUCUGCAGGAUUAUUGGUGAUCAUGUAAUUAGUCUUGCAAAUUUGUCAUCUUCAGGACAUUGAUCACUUUGUAUCCCGGAGGCCAUUGUAGUUAUUUACAAGAAUGUCAUACUUGUGAAUUAGAGAUAUGUGAAUAGAUUGUCAAACAUUAUUUUUCUGUUCAAUUAUUGGGUGAAUAAUAAUACUU